ACGUUUCGAAGACUUAUCGAGAGAUCCUUAGAAGCUCACCCGCUCUUGGGGCGCACUGGGUCAGUCCGUUAGCAGAGGAUGACAUUUCUAGAAGCUCAAAUAUCGCCAUCAUCUCAGCUUCUUCGGGAUACCACAUCUUCUUGAACAUCCUCAACAAUCGAUUGUUUAAAAAAACAUCUAAAAGUCGGUUGUGAACUCGUUUUGGUGAAAACGACUCCAGGAAUCCUCCAUCAUGCCAUCACGUACAAUUUUGCCAGCUCUUUUCAUGGUUUUAACCUGCAGUAUGGUCAGCAACCUUGCAGGAGCGAGGGUGGUUUUAAAAGAUACCAUAAUGGAAGUCAAGCAGCAGCAGCCAGCUGAACUACGGAUAGAACCCUUCUAUGGUGCUCCCGCCAAUCAGGAGGUAGAACCAACAGGUAUGACUGAGGUGACUGAAAGCGGCAGUCUUUCUGAGGAAUCGUCCGAGGAAGAUGAUACGGAUGUUGAUACCGAUACCGACACCGACAACGACGUCGACACGACAGACGGUAGCACCGCGGCGUCCAUCAACAUCGGGGCACUGCCGAACACCAACGUCGAGUUGGUCAAUGACGCGGGCGUCGUGUCUGGAAACCAACUCCCGAUAAAGGGUAGGCCGGAUCACAUGCCUAGCAACCAAGAUGUCAGGAUGACGUCAUCGUCAUCGAAUGCGACGACCGGCAUCGCCAUCGCAGCCAUGCUCAUGGUAUGCCUUGGCAUGGGAUCGAUCGUCUUCGUGAUCAGGAAAUACAGGCACCAUUUCCCUGUUGUUGUGCGGGUAUAACUUGAUGGAGCUGUAUGGAGAUGUUUUCGCAAUCACCAUACCGACGCUUUCUGGAACGUUAAGAAUCUAUUGUUUCAUGACAAUGUAGCCAUUGUCGAGAAUCUGUGAAUCAAAACAGCAGCCGUCGUCCUGAACUCGGACAAACGACAUAAGCCUAUUGCAAUUUUUCGACGAUCUGCUGUCCCGGUCCACCAA